UCUCUCUCUGCAAAGAAAUGCAAUAGGCGACUGGGAAGCUCAAGCAGGACCUAGCUCAAGAAGAACCAGAGCUAGCCUCCAGGCUUGAGAUAGAGAUACUGAUCACACGACACGAUCGAUACUCGCCGAUCGGGAGGUCGAUCGAUCGACCAACCAUGGGGAACUGCUUCAAGCUGCAGCGCGCCGCCGAGUCGUGGGUGGACGACGAGGAGUGGGAGGUGGACAUGACGACGGGGGGGAACAAGAACGAGGUCAAGGUGGCCGGCGAGAAGACGGGGCGGGUGGAGGUGAAGAUCAGGGUGACCAAGAGGCAGGUCCAGGAGCUGCUGCAGCAGGCCGCCCGGGACGGCAAGGGGAAGAGGGCCACGGAGAAGGUGCUGGCGGAUCUCAUCAACUCCGGCACGGUGUGCUACCACGACGAUCACGAGACGAGGUGCCACUGGCGGCCGUCGCUGCAGAGCAUCACCGAGGCCGACGAGCCUUGACUUCGAUCCGUAGGACCUGUUCCACCGAUCCCUUGAUUCUCAUGUGCGUGUAGUAUAUAGUUGCUGUGUGUAGGAGUGCAGGUAGAGGUUUUUAGUUCGAUCGAGAUUCUAUUAGGAGAUGUACAGACUGCAGAAAUGCUGGUAGCAGAGAUGAUUUUUUCUUUUGGGAGUUCCGCUUCUCGAAACCUCAGAUAUUUUGAUACCCAGCUCCUAGUUGUGCUUGUAGUCUGUAAUUAAUCCCGGGAACUCUUGUGUACUUGGUGGCCACUGUUGUAAGGAACUGCGGGUAGAGGAGACAUAUACGAAAUGCCAUCUUCAAACGAAA